UGUUUAGGAGGAUGUCAAACCUAGCCAAACAAAUUCAACAGAGCAGCGACGGGGGACGACCAAUGACCAGGGAGGUUUGAGGGAGUUUCCGAUAGACACUAUCUGCGCUGAUUUCAGGGCAUGCCUUCAUGCGAUUUCCAUCCAGUGAAAUAUCCAUCAACACCAAUUUCAAGAUGGAGACCUGACUGCAGAGCAGAACAUACGGAUGCGAGCAGGUUAGGGUUCCAUUCGAGUGGUGGCCGGACUACAUCUCAAUGCUUGGAUGAUCGGUGGAGAAGCAGCAAGUCCUCUCGACGACGUAGCUAUUGGUGGAGCGGCGGCAAUGAGCUCUGACAGAGAGGUCGUUUCUCUGGUCGUGGGUCCUUUAGAUGCUACUCUUGCCAGCAGAGACAACACCAAAUUGCAGGUACUUCAGAGGCCAAGUGCAGCAAUUGCGGCAAUUAUUCUGGUGCUUCCGUGGCCAAUUGGACCGACAUCAAAUCGUAGGGAUCACCGUUGUCGAGGCAAACAGCAGCGGAUGCUCGAGUGGAGGCAUAUCAAUGGCGAAGGGCACAUUCAGAUCGAUUUAAGGAAGCGUUAACAGAGCAAUAUGGAACUAUAAGAAUUGAAAGCAAAAUUUUUAUAUUUCAGGUGGAGUCCUCACUUUUACGAAUUAGUCAAUUCAACGACAAACAAAAUUGCUCUAUUUCAUUAGAUGGGGAUGGGGUUCAAUGGCUUAUGUCAAAUUCAAUCUGAAAUCUCUUGGACUUUCACUAGAUUCUUGCUGUUGUUGCGGAAAGACUAAAAAGUUGAAGAAUUUGUAAGGCUGAUGGCUUGCUGCGCCUUCGGUGAAGUUGUGCUAGCUCUCGUGAGGCCCGUGAGUAGCAGGUUUACUUUUAAUCUUUUAUUUUGUACACUAUACAUGCCUAUACUUCAAUAAUUGUAUGUCUAAUUUCAAAUUUCAGAUUUAUAUUCUUAAGCAUGUUAAGAUUAGUAAAUUGCUAUAUAGCUUUGCCGUGUAUGUGACAUUGCAUUUAUGAAGUAGGGUACUAAACAUACAUAGCAUAUCGUAUACUCGGUACAUAGUUAUUAGUAUAAAAGUAUAAAUUAAGGAUAAAAAGACAUUUAAAUGAAUAGAUUUAGAAACUAUUGGACUAAAAUAGUAGUGAACACUAGUUUUCAAUGGUAUACUACCUUAUUUAGUUAGCAUUGAUUUUACCAUUACAACACUUUUAGUAGAGAAAAAUUUCUCUUCUACGAAAAAAUUAUGAAGACAGAUAGAUUUGCGAAAUAGGAUGAAAGAUGAACGGAUGAAUGAAGCAGUCUGUAACUAUCGAAAAUGAUUUAUAUGCUUGAUUAUAUAUAUUAAGAAGAGAUUUUUACAACCAUCUAAAGUAAAACAACUUUGAGAUUAUAUAAUAUAGAUUUUAUAACACGCUCAAUUGAGACAAUAUCAUCUUUUUUCUAUUUUUAUUAUUAAUCUAUUAGCUUUAAGGUUUCAUAUUGAUGGGGUUAUGGGACUAGGCCCAGAGCCUAAUCGGCCCAGGCCCUGAACUUGGACCAGCAGGUCCAAGCCCAGUAACCCAGAGCUCGAGUCGGCCCAACCAAUCAGGGCAAUGAAGGAGCGGAAGCCCAAGAGAGCCUGUCGACCAGCCCAGCGGGGAGCCUGCCUUCCAGCUUAGCCAGGAGCCUGCCGACCACCAGCCCAGUUGGGAGUCUGCGGUCCAACCCAGGUGGGAGCCUGCCUCCGGCCCAACGGGGAGCCUGCCUUCCAGCCUACCCGGGAGCCUGCCUCCAGCCCGGUCAGAAACCUUCCUCCAGCCUAGCGGGAAGCCCACUGUCCAGUCUAGCAGGAGGGAGCUCAAGCGUCCAGCCUGCCAGCCAGACUGACCUGCCAGCCAGGAAGAGUAACGGCCAACAAUCAAUGCGCUAUUAAUUAUGUGUUUAAUUCUGUAUUAAUGUUGUAAUUAAUUAGUCAUUAGUGUCUCUGGCAGUUACCAUUUGUAAUCGCCUAUAAAAGGCAAGUCCGAAUUUCAAAUGAGAUAUGCUAUUUCUGGC